GGGUGAGUUUGAGAUAUAGUAAGUCAUGGAGCUGGAACAUUUAGGUGGCGGCGGGGUUAAACCAGAGAGAGGCAACACUCGUCUCUACAGGAUAGCACUGGCCGUGUGUGUGUGCCUCUGUGCCAUUCUGCUGCUUGCACUCAUACUGGUCUCUCAGAAAUCCAGCCAGGAGGAGUUCUGUCUGACCCCAGAAUGCAUUGAAGCAGCGGGGUCUAUUUUAAGUAAAAUGGAUCGGUCUGUUAACCCCUGCGAGGACUUCUAUAGUUUUUCCUGUGGAGGUUGGCUGAAGGAGAACCCGAUCCCUGAAGAUUCCUCCUCAUAUGGCAUCUACCCCUGGCUGAGGCAGCAUGUCGACAUCCAACUCAAAGAGUUACUGGAAGCUCCGUCCGACCCUGAUGAACUGGAGGCAGUGACCAAAGCUAAGAUCCUCUACCGCUCCUGUAUGAAUGAGACCAUGCUGGAGAAGGUGGACGCUAAACCGAUGCUGAAAACGCUCAAACAGCCAGAGUUUCGGUGGCCUGUUGUGGGGGAUGGGCUCGGCGGGGAGUACCAGUGGUCGGCAGGUGAGUGGAGCCUCCUGAAGACCCUGGCUGAGAUGAGGAACCAGCACAGUAAGAGCGUCCUGAUUCGCCUGUACGUCUCCCCUGACGACAAAAACUCCUCACACUACAUCAUCAAGCUCGACCAGGCCUCCUUGUCCCUGCCCUCCAGGGAAGACUACAUCACCAACACUUCCUCUGCCUUGGCGUACCGUGCGGCCUUGCUCAGUCUGAUGGUGGAUACGGCCGUCAUGCUGGGCGCUCCGGAGAAAGCAGCGCUGACUCAGAUGGAAAAGGCUCUCGCCUUCGAGACCAAGCUGGCUCAUAUCCUGAUCCCCUAUGAAAACCGCACCAGUGAGAACAUGUACAACAGAUACACAAUCUCUCGCCUGCAGCGCUCCAUACCACAGUUCGACUGGCUGGGUUUUGUACAAGCUGUGGUGGAGUCUAAAAGCGACCCGGCGCGGUCCAUCUCCCCCUCCGAGUCCGUCAUCGUCCGAGCCCCGCAGUACUUCAAGGAACUUUUCAAGCUCAUUAACACCACGGACCCCAGGACUGUAGCCAACUACGUACAGUGGAGGACCAUUUUUUCCAGGAUCACCACUCUGAGUCGUCGCUUCCUCUACAGAUACCUCGACUACGCUCGGGUAACCACGGGAACCACCUCUCUAACCCCGCGCUGGGACAAGUGUGUGAACUACGUCGAGAACUCGCUGGUUUAUGCCACCGGGCGCCUAUUUGUCAACACACACUUCCAGGAGGACAAGAAACACAUGAUGGAAGAGCUGAUCAGGGGCAUCCGCUGGGCGUUCAUCGACAUGCUUGAGAAAGAGAACGACUGGAUGGAUCAGCCGACAAAGAAGAGGGCCGUGGAAAAGGCUCACGCGGUCCUGGCGAAGGUUGGCUACCCCGAGUUUAUUCUGAAUGACACCUACCUCAGUGAAGAUCUACAGGAGCUACAGUUCAAAGAGACGGACUACUACGGUAACGUGAUGCAGACGCUGAAGUUCAUCGCCAAAUCCGAUAUCGGCUGGCUUCGAAAGAGCGUGCCGCGCACAGAGUGGUUUACGAACCCAACGACUGUGAAUGCCUUCUACAGUUCUUCCACGAAUCAAAUCAGAUUUCCCGCCGGAGAGCUUCAGAAACCCUUCUUCUGGGGAAAAGAGUAUCCGAGAUCUUUAAGUUACGGUGCCAUCGGGGUGAUAGUCGGACAUGAAUUGACACACGGCUUUGACAAUAACGGUCGCAAGUAUGACAAGAACGGAAACCUUGACCAUUGGUGGAGCAACUCGUCUGUAACCGCCUUCAAUGAGAAGACCCAGUGUAUGAUAGACCAGUAUAAUGGCUACCACUGGGAGGAAGCGGGCCUGAAUGUGCGGGGUAAGAGGACUCUGGCAGAGAACAUAGCAGACAAUGGAGGAAUACGAGAAGCGUUCAGGGCAUACAGGCGGUGGGUAGCUGAGAGCAGAGGUGGUGUGGAGGAGCCCCUGCUGCCCGGAGUCAGACUGAACAACAACCAGCUGUUCUUCCUGAGCUAUGCACACGUGAGAUGUAACUCGUACAGACCGGAAGCAGCCAGGGACCAGAUCCAGACUGGGGCCCACAGUCCGCCGAAAUACAGAGUUAUCGGAGCAAUGAGUAACUAUGAAGAGUUUCGGAAAGUGUUCAGCUGUCCCGAGCCGUCAGUUAUGAACCGAGGAGCACAGUCCUGUCGGGUGUGGUGACCUCUGACCUCAGCCUUGACCCUGAGCCUGGCCCGAGCUGUCGGCAGGACGCCUGCUGAGAGGGCUGACAAUGCUGAACUUAGUUUACAUGACGUGGAAGCAAUGAAAGAAUUAGAAUAAAUAUGAACCUCAACUCAUCCACAUGUUAGGGACUGAAACUGUUUUUAAUUGGAUAUUGUUACUUCAAGAAAAUUGUAAUUGUAAUGUUUUUUUCAGAGGUACAUCUACUGCAUAUGGUGCAGUUACUGCAUAAAUUAUGACCAGAGUCAUUUGUCAAGGACCAUAGUUUAUGGAUUAUAUAAAUAUUUGAAUAAAUAUUGGAGGCUGUUCUGGUAAAAACUGCAACUUUUUACAACAGAACACGUACAGUAUAUAUGCACUGUCAGUGUGACUAGAUAGAGCUGGAGCCUUUCAUAUGGGAAUAAAGAAUUUAUACAUUAAGGUAACAGUACAAUGACUGUAAAUAUAAUUAAUUUUUUUUUUUUUUUUACACGGGAACAUAUAUUCCAGAUGUUACGAUAACUGUGGGAAGCAGAAAUAGGAAAUCAGGUCAACAUCUGCUUAUAUUCAUUAGCAGCCUCGUCGUUGAAUUCCCAGCACACCAAGCCACAGAUUAAUUCAGGUUUGAGCAUAAAUACGAGCAAAUAAUGUAAAAAAAAUAAUACAAAAAAAUCAAGUCUUUAAGUUUUUAUUAUUUUUCUUGUUUCCCUUAUUUUUUUCUUGAAAUAAUUGUGAAAAGCCUUUGUUCUAAUUAUUUACUUUGCAAAGCAGUUCAACAGAUAAAAUGACAUCAACCACAGCUGGUAAAUUUUUAAGACUUAAUAGGUUAAACUGCCCAAAGUAGGGUAGGUUUUGUGUUUCGUGUGUGUGUGUGUGUGUGUGUGUGUUCUGUGUGUGUGUGGGCUCUCCUUGGAUAAACCCUCGGCCCCGUCUUGGUUUUCCUGUUCCUCGUUGUUUCAGUCUCACUCUUGUGUCGGGCGUUGAUAUUCAUUCUGCUGCAGCUCAGCCCGGGGCGAACGAACCCGCGUGAUUGCAGGCCCUCAAACAGGGAUCCGCUCUCUCCGUCCGUCCGUCCGUCUCUGGUACUGAGCUGCACUGCGGAGGUGCACUCGCGCGUCAGCUUCGCGUGGCAUUUGAUGUUGCUCUGGGAUUACUGGGAGUAUUUACACAAAGCGGAUUUAACAAGUUAGUCAGAAAAUGACAAGGAUCUGUCUUCUGAAAUAUUGUUUAUUCAUAAAUCCACUGUUCAGCUUUUGUUUUAUGUAUUUAAAUGAUUUUCGCCGUUGUUGUUUUGUUUUUUUUCUCCACAUUUAAUUGACUAACUUUUGUAAUUCUGCUUUUUGAAUCACUCUCGGUCUUGAUUUUAACCAAAACCUCUCAUCUAUCAGUUUGUCUUGGGAGCUACUGAACUAUGGGUCCUACAGAAACUGGCUGCACGAUCUCUUCCUAAAUUACAACUUAGCCUAGUUAUGGUGUUUUUACUAAGUGGAGAUCUGCGAACCUCUCGAUUUAAAAUGGGUCGCACCAAACAAACUAGUUGUUAUGUAGAGAUUAGUUGUCGCUAAAUAUUUACACCCAUUUAACCGCCAGGUGUAACCGUUACGUAGCUAACGGAACUAGCUAGCUUAACUGACAAAGCUGACGUUAGCCCCGCUAACUCAGGGCCCGAUUAAGACGGAAGACUGAAAAAAAGGUAAUGUGGUCGACAUGUCUGAGCCGAGACUCGACGAAAUGCUGUUUAGUAAUGAUGCUAACCCGGAAGAUUUUAAACUACAUUUCACAAAAAUAACACGAUAUACCUCAGAUCACAAAACGCGAUGCCUGUAACAUUAGCCCACGUGGCCGACUAAACGUCACUUUGCUUGCAUGGUCGGCACUUCCCUCUCACUGGAAAUGACACGAGUAGCACUAGUUCUGAAACACAUAUCUUCAUGUAUGCAAAUGUUAAUGACACAAAGUCGUACCUACCUUUACAAAGGAUUGUCGUCUCGCUAUGAUAGACUGUUUGGUCCCCUAAAACUGUUUAUUUCAGAAGUUAUGUAACAGCUGAUGGCGCUACCGUCGCUUGCUAUUUACAUGUUUGAUUCAGAUGUUUAUUGUCGAUGUCUUAACCACGUAAGGCAUUUCAAGUUUUAAUGGUGUAACCUGAUUUAGUAGUAGUUUGAAACUUGAACUUUCAUAGGGACUUUAUGCAAAAAACGAAACUGGAUAUUACUGCUAGCAGUUAUUUGCAUUACCGAUUAAUCUGUUGAUUAUUUGACACAAAUAAUCUUUUAUUCUAAAAACUUUUCAUCUAAAAGAUCUAAAAAUCUAAUUUAUCUAUAAAUGUCAGUGUCAAAUAGUGAAAAAUCCUAAUUUCCCAGUUGAUGUCUUCAGAUGUCAUCUUUUUCCUAACCAGCUUUUUAAAACCCAAAGAUAUGCAGUUUGCAAUAAUGUAAAAUAGUGAAAAGAAAGCAAAAUCCUCAAAUUCUGGGAGGCCGAAAAUAGUAUUUCACCAUGAUAAAUGACUUUAACGAUUUAUUGAUUAACAGCAUUUCUGGCGAUCAAUCUUUGUCAGUCUACCAAUUGCUUAAUCGACUGAUUGUUUCAGCACUGCACAAUAAGAUCACUCUAAUAACCCAGUACUGUAAUAGGAGUGCACAGUUUAAAUAAACUGAACUGACUGUCUGUUAGAAAAUUUUAGGCUCUUUAUUUACAUUUUACCAUCUGGAGAUGUUUUUCGUGAUACACCUUUUUUUAUGUCAUGCGAUGGAUUAUAACUGCCAUUGUUCUAGUACCAAUUUGUACCUGUAUGUUGUGAUCAUGGUUCACUGUGUCUGUUUGUUUGUUUUUUGGUUUGUUUUUUUUUGGU